AGACAGUUUCCCAUUGGUCGGUUGUUUGGGACUGUGGGCUUUAUUUAUAAGAGGUCGUCUACCCUUUGUUUCCCUCACCAAACCAGAGAGAUCCAUAGUUGAAGACAAAGAAGACUUCUUUCUUUCUUUCUUUCUUUCUUCUUCUUCUUCUUCACUUGGGAAAGGGAAAUGGCUCGUCUGCUCUCAAAUCAGGCUACUGCCUUUCUCCUCCUCAUCUGCUAUGUAGGGUCUUCCAUGGGAUCAGUGCACUUCUCCGACCUUAAAGAGACUCUCAUAGUGACCGCAUCUCCAAAAUCUGGUCAAGUGCUGUAUGCUGGAGAAGAUAAGAUCACUGUUACAUGGAAGCUGAACAGCUCCCUGCCGGCCAGCACCGAUGCGGCAUACGAGAAGGUCAAGGUGAAGCUCUGCUAUGCGCCGGUGAGCCAGAAAGACCGGGGGUGGCGCAAGACUGAGGACAACCUCAAGAAGGACAAGACAUGCCAGUUCAAGAUCACCAACCAGCCCUACGCCGGCGGCGGGAGCUUUGAGUACACCGUCGACCGCAGCGUGCCCACCGCCACCUACUUCGUGCGGGCAUACGUGGUCGAUGCCUCCGAUACCGAGCUCGCUUACGGGCAGACAACUGAUGCCAAGAAGACCACCAACCUGUUUGAUGUCGUCGGGAUCACCGGCCACCAUGCCUCGCUCGACAUCGCCGCGGGAUGCUUCUCGGCCUUCUCGGUGGUGGCGCUGCUCUUCUUCUUUGUCAUGGAGAAGAAGAAGGCCAAGAAGUAGGCAACUCAUGCAUGGCUUUUAUCACUGCAGCAAUAACGGAUGGAGUGUGUAUUGUUCUAGUGUGCCCUAAAACCUUGUUGCCCUCCACGUAUUGAAGUAGUCUUCUUCCUGGUUACUUGAGUGCUAAAAGACUUUGUGAUGCUAAAAGCUACAGCUAUAAAUUUUUAGUCCGCCAAACUUUUCAUCUAAUGUGUGGUUUAAUGGAAAAGGUGCUGGGGUCUGUGCUCUUGGGAACUUGGCAAACGAUUAAACCUGUUCCUUUUCAAUUUUUUUUUUAUUGAAUCCUUUUUAAUUUGUUA